AUGAAUGACAUCAAUAAUAACACCAACAACAAUGACGUCAUAAACCACAACAGCAAUGACGAUGCUGUCUCCACGAAAAACUCUGAUUUGACGCUUACAGAUUCAAGCGAAGCAACCUACUUUGAAGAAAACAAUUUUCUCAAAGAUAACAUGGCCACUAAUAUUAAUUAUAUAAAUAAUAAUAAUAACAAAAACCAUAAUAAUAAUAAUAAUAAUAAUAAUAAUAAUAAUAAUAAUAAAAAUAAUAAUAAUAAUAAUGACAGUAACAACAAUAACCACAACUACAACGACAAUAGUAAUGAUGUUAACAUUAAUAGCAACAGUUACACAGAUGAUGGCGAACUUUUAAUAGAUUUCAGUGACGCCUGUGUAAACAACAACAACAAUAACGACAUCAACAACAACAAUAACUUAAACUACGACAACAUCAACAACGACUUUAACAUCCUUAACAACAACUUAAACCCACGUGACAUCAGCACAAAUAACAACAGCAAUGACAUCAACAUUUUCAGCGAUAAGCUUGAUGACUUUUUUAGUUCUCCACAUAGCCUAGAUAACGACUACAACAAUGAUAUAAAUGCCAGCAACUUAAACAACAAACUAGACGAGUUUUUUAGUCUUUCUCGUUACAACAGCAGCAACAGUAGCAAUAACAACAACAAUGGCAACAUCAACAACAAUGACAAAAACAUUAACAACUACAAUGACAUCAUUAAGAACAAAGACAUCAACAACUUCAACAACAAAAUUGACGACUUUUUUAGCCAUCCACAUGAAUUCUACAACUUUGAUAACGAAAUUAACAGUUUUAACAGCAAAAUUGAUGGGUUUUUUAGCCAUACACGUAACAUCAUCAACAACAACUCUAACAACGCUAAAAACAACAACAACAACAACAACAACAACAACAGCAGCAACAACAUUUACUAUAACGAAGAAGACGAUUUUUUCAAAGGGUAUCCCUUUCUAAACAGCAUGGAAAAGCUGACGGAGAGUUUUGUUUCAGAAAGAUCGCCAACCAUCAGGAAAAAUGACAUCAGCAGAAAUUACAUUAACAACAACAACAGCAACAACACUAACAACAACGUCAACAAAAGAUACAUCGUCAACAGAAACAUCAACAAUGACAACAACAACUCGCGAAACUCCGAUAGGACCAUCAAAGUUUAA